UUUCAGGAAGUGUUGACUCAAGAGUUUAGGCUUCCCGUAUUUUUGCUCAGUGCAAGUCAAGAUAAUAGGAGGAAUACCAUCCCGCGUAUGAAGGAUGAUAAGAAUUAACAACAGUUACAUUUCAGAAGUCACAGACCUAGGUAACAUUACGCAUGAGUCAGUCUAGCGUAAGUUUUUGAACAUCCCAUGACACAUCGUGGAAAGCUCAGCAGAUUCCCUGUUUGUGGUGGGACGGCUGAACUGUUUUGACAGUCGCGCACCCCUGUACCCAUGAGAAGAACACCUUGUCAGUUGUAGUUGGUGGUAGGUAGAUGUCACUGAUCGGACGACUUCACGCCGCUUGGCGGAAUUAAAGGAAGACAAAAAGAAAUGUUUGAGAAUUUCCGAGAGAGACUGCAGACGGUGCAGCAAGAUUUCACGACGGGGUUCAAGACCCUGAGUGACAAAUCCAAAGAUGUCAAGGUGAAAAAGAAGAUAAGAAGAGAGGAUUGCAUUCCCCAAUUUUCAGCUGGAGUCGAGGUGCUGAGUAGAUAUGAGGAUAUCUGGGAGACACUUCAUAAGUGUGCAAAGGAAUGUGCCAAAGCUGGAGAGGUGGUGGAUGGGGAGGUGGUGAUGCUGUCGGCCCACUGGGAGAAGAGGCGCUCAGCCCUGACGCAGCUGGAGGAGCAGCUACAGCAGGUGCCCACCUUCCUCACCGACCUGGAGACCGUCACCUCUCGCAUCGCUCAAAUGGAGGCUGAUUUUGAGGAGAUGGAGAGUCGUCUGAUGUACCUGGAGAACUUGUGUACCCAGUGUGAGCAGCAGCGCUUCAAAGACUUCCAGAUCCUUCAGCUGGAGAACUACAAGAAGAAAAAGAGGAAAGAGCUGGAGUCCCUGAAAGCGGAGCUGGACUCGGAGCAUGCCCAGAAGGUGCUAGAGAUGGAGCAUGCCCAGCAGGCCAAGCUGAAGGAGCGUCAGAAGUUCUUUGAGGAGGCCUUCCAGCAGGACAUGGAGCACUACCUGUCCACCGGCUACCUGCAGAUCGCCGACCGCCGAGAGGCAAUAGGCAGCAUGUCGUCCAUGGAGGUGAAUGUGGACAUGCUGGAGCAGAUGGACCUGACCGACGUGUCUGACCACGAGGCCCUGGACGUCUUCCUCAACUCAAGCGGAGAGGACAACAGCGCCGCCUCGCCCGUCUCGGGAGGUCCAGACCAGGACUCCUUGUCCUCCUCCUCGGCGGGUGCUGAGAUAUCCCUGAAGGUGCCCAGUCGUGCGGAGCUGGCCCACGGCCUCCCCUCCUCCACCUCCACCCCCACCUCCACCACGGCCCCGGCCUCCACCACCACCGCCUCCACCUCCUCGGCCCGCAGCGAGUCGGCCAGCCUGGAGACGGAGGGCCCCGAUGAGGAGGAGGAGGAUGACGAGACCAGCCUGGGGGACACUCCUGUGGUGGCGUCUGACGAGGAGGACGUGCAGCCCGACACGACGCUGGCCGCCCUUCCCGAACCCGAGGAGCCGCCACGGGUCUCGGACGACAGCGACUCCCUUACUCCGUGACCAGGGUGGAGGAUGAUGAGGAGGAGGAUGCUUGUGAUCGUGACUGUGUCACUUUAGGAAAGCGAGCAAAUGACAGCCAGAGACUGCACAAGAGAGUUGGCUAAGACUCACUGAAACACUGGUGGACUAUUGAGGUGUUCUCUUCUUCCAGAACUGCUGCCUAAAUGCUCAGACUGACAGUUCAGUGUGUUUGGGAGAGAGGUUCCUCCCAGCUGAGCUACUCCUUACUGUUUGUUUGUAGGUUUUUUUUUGUUUGUUUCUCUUCUCGUAUGUUCUCCUUUUUUCCAGCCAAUCAGCGUAGAUCAUGUAUUCUACAUUCCUCAGUAUUACAUGGAAAUUGUAUUCCCCCAUUGUCCUCAUGUUUCCCUUUUACCCCAACAGAGAUGUAUGUUAUAACAAAUAAAGAGUGUUUUUUCAUUCUUGCUAUUAACACAA